GACGUUGCACUCGUGUUCAAGUCAACUCACAAGCAAAACAUUCGCGCCCUUGUAACCUUUCUCUGAACCCGUGCGGAGGCGCUGAGAUGCUCAAUUUUGAAGAUGUCGAAGAGCGUGAUGGUGUUCGUCUUUCGUGGAAUGUAUGGCCUUCUUCUCGGAUAGAGGCGACACAGACGGUGGUCCCGAUAUCGGCGCUUUAUACGUCUUUGAAGCAGCGAGAGGAUCUUCCUCCAGUAAUAUACGAACCCGUGAGGUGUAAACCCCCGUGUCGUGCUAUUCUCAACCCGUAUUGUCAAAUCGAUAUCAGAGGCAAACUAUGGAUUUGUCCAUUCUACUUAACUCGCAAUCCUUUCCCGCCUCAUUAUAAAGACAUCUCUAACACCAAUCUACCCGCCGAACUGCUUCCAAAGUACACGACAAUUGAGUACACACUAUCUCGUCCUGCUCAGGUUCCUCCCGUCUUCCUGUUAUGGUACAUAUCCAUAUUUAUUCAUACCCACGUGCAAGUUUAUCACCUUAACUGCCAGACACAAGUACACGAAUUGGGUUAUGCCGAGUGCAGCAAAGUAUAUGUCUUCCGUGGUGGCAAGGAGUAUACGCAGAAACAGAUUCAAGACAUGCUCGGACUCAGCACGACAACUCGCGCCGCACCCCGCACCGGCCAGCCCAUGCCCCAGCCGCCCGUUUCUUGCUUCCUUGAUCCUUGGCCCGUUGUCAAUGACAAGCGCGCUUUACGUUGCACGGGUGUGGCCGUCAGUGUAGCCGUUGGACUCCUGGAGACGACUUUCCCUAACACGGGCGCACGCAUAAUGAUUUCUACGGGCGGGCCUGCAACAGAGGGUCCCGGCAUGGUUGUCAGCAAUGAGCUGAAGGAACCCAUUCGCUCUCAUCACGACAUCGAACGAGACAGCGUCAAGCACUACAAACGCGCUAUAAAGUUCUAUGAAACUCCGGCGAAGCGAGCAUCUAACAACGGCCAUGCUGUCGAUCUGUUUGCUGGUUACUUGGAUCAAGUGGGCUUGCUUGAGAUGAAGUCCCUACCAAACUCGACAAACGGUGUUAUUGUACUAUCGGAUUCAUUCGCUACGUCGAUCUUCAAGCAAAGCUUCCUGCGCAUGUUCAAUAAGGACGACCAGGACUUCUUGCAGAUGGGCUUCAAUGCGAUAUUCGACGUACAGGCAAGUCGUGUCGGGGGUCCUGUCAGUCCUCGUCCAUCAUCAUACACACAUCUACGCUCGCACAUCCUAUCCAACGCUCUCACAUCUAAUCAUCUCCCCAAAUACGACUCAAAGGCCAACCAGGCAUUUGCAACCCGCCUCGCCAGCGUCCUCCAACCAGGAAACCUGGUAUGGGUCCACGACUACCAUCUCUUGUUAGUCCCUCGCAUGCUCAGGAAUGCGAUGCAUUCUGGUGCCGGUCAUCGGUCUUUUCGUGCACACGCCUUUCCCGAGUUCUGA